AUGGAGCCUUCAAAAGAGGCACAGGUAGCCUCCGAGGAGAACGAGAGGCCGAACGCAAGCGUGCGUGUGACGACCAGCUCUUAUGCAGUGGAAUGCUGUGAAGCGACGGCCGGGUGGAGUUCGGUUGCAGUUGGGAAGAACGAUGAUCUCCCCACUCUUUCAUUUGAAUGGGGUGGUGAGAAGGUGACAAUGCUACUCGACAGCGGGUCAGCAGCUUCGCUGAUCGAUCGUGAAAACUCGGAGCGUAUGAUUGAGAGAGGAGCCGCAGUAAAGAUCAGGGGCCAGUCGUCAGUGUCCAUCCGUUAUGCAGAUGCUAGGGUGGAACCGUCCUGUGGCGAGAUCCUCGCCAACGUAUGCAUUGAUGGCAAGCCUGCCUACCUUCCUUUCCUCAUCGUGGAGAAGCUGGCACAACCACUGAUAGGGCGGCGUGGUCUACGACUUCUAGGAGCUACUCUUGACUUUCCCCAAGACACUAAGGAGGAGCGAAUAGCUCUUCAGAAGAUGUUUGAGAGUAGAUCUACUGAUGCCAUGGCUGCUGAUAUCGAUCUCUCAACUGCUAUCAUCGACUGUUACUCUACCAAUGAGGAGAUGUUCGUUGCGGACGAUCGUGACCUACAGGCUGUGGAGAGUGGUCUGCGACGGCCGGCGUCGAAAUCGCCCGCAGCAUCUGAAGAAGGAGAUGUGCUGGAUCGUCGAGUUGAUGAGGUGUUGGCUCGAGCAUCAGCUGAGCUACACAAGAACGGGAAAGACUAUAAGGGUCGAGAGAAGGAACUCCUCCGAACCUUAUUCGCCAGAGUGAGCGAGCUGUGCGGUAUAACGAUCUCUGAUGGGUACGAACUGUCUCUGAAGAGAGAGCGUGAGGCAUCUGGCAAGCCAGAAUUUUCCUUUGUGGUCAAGUGGACGACGAAAACUUCUUCGUCAGAUGGAUCGUCCAAAGUUCCGAGAGGUUGGUGUAGUAACUCUAUGAUACAGAGGCUCGACGAGGACGAGCGAUCUGAGUUCAAUCAGCAUUGCUCUGUGUAUACUGAGAGGGGUUGGUGGGAGAAGGUCGAGGAAGACGAGUCUGAACUUCGUAGGAUACGUCGUUCCCAUUUAACCGGGACGAUUUUUCCAGUGAAGCAGAAGUUGACGAAGUCUACUCGUAUCCGGCCCGUAGCGGAUAUGAGAGGGGCCAAUUUUUACUCGCCAGCAGUGUCUGCAGUUCAACCAACGGUGUUGAAGGCAGGGCAAGUCUUGAGAGGAGUGCUCCGAAGAGGAGUGCAGAUACGACAAUACGACCUCGAGAAGGCUUUCUAUUCUAUCGGUAUCGAGGUCAUCGACAUGGUUACUGGUGAACAUACUCCAGUCUACCUAUCGGUUGGUAAGGAGUUGUUUGAGUGUUCUAAGCUAGCCUUUGGGCUGGCGGUAGGUCCGCAUGCGUUGAACUGUACUCAACGUAUCAUUCGCAAAGUCGUUCGCUGCGCUUACGACGUAUUGCGAGGUGCUCAAUGUCAAGAUGUCUACCCUACCAUUGUUGUUGUCAUGGACGACUUCGUAGUAGCCGGUGAGGCUCCUGUGCUUGAUGUCGUCGAACAGUUGCUUUUGCUGGGUUGGGACCUGUGCGGUUUCAAUUGCCCUGAUGCGAAGCGUGAGAGAUGGUCGAGUGGCCAAGGUACCCGUUGGCUCGGGAAUCUUUGGUGCUGGGACGAUGAGCACGAGAAGUUAUCCGUUAAGCGCUGUGAAGCUCCGGUGGUCCCGGAGGCUGAGAUGUUGAGUAAGCGUAUCGUGUUCCAGUUGGCCGGGAAGAUCGGCUCGGUAACGGGAGGCGCUUAUGAAGCUUUGGCGAGAUGUCAUGCUGAUGCAGCACGAGUCGCUGCUGGUCGGGCUGGUUCCUGGGACGAUCAGGAUCAGCCCUGGGCAAAAGAAGCGGCGAAUCACCUGAGUCUAGCUCGUGAGUAUUGGUGUCAAGCAUCGAUACACGAGGAUGGAGAAGUUCCAAUCUUUUCGCAUUGUAGCCAUCUCACUAUCGACGUAGAUGCUAGUGGGCUGGGCUACGGUUACUGCUGGCGCGAUGAAGUAGGCCGAGUUAUGGGAGCAGAGGGACGUAUACAGAGUCGUAGCAUGGCCUUUGCGGCCUGGCAUAUAAAUAGAAGGGAGCUAUUCGCGAUUGCAGCCGCAUUGAGGAAGACGGUUGAGCUUGUUGAGGCUGAUGGAUUCCCUGCUUUAGAGCAGAUUACCGUACGAAGUGACUCGAGAGUUGCUGUCCGUCAGUCUUCUCCUUGGUUCAUACCUGCUACGAAAAGUGUGGAACGCCGGGCUAUAUUACGCCUACGUAGCGUUGUGGCCGAUGUCUCUCAUGCUCUCUGCUGUCGGAAUCCUCCGAUUGACCUUCGAAUGGUUCACAUCAGUGGUCCUUCCAAUGGCAUCGCCGAUGCGUUGUCUCGGGUUGGUUCUAGCAAGAAAGUUGUCGACCUGAGCGUACAUGGGUCGGAAGUUUCAAGAAGCGCUAGUCCUGAUAUUGACUGUGCGGUGACUAACAUGGUUUCAUGGUUGGACGAUGAUAACUACGGCGCGAUGUCUCUACCCAGUUUUAACCGAUGGGUCCAGUCUCAUGAUUCGACUCAUGAUGGUCCUGAUGACGGUGGUUCUUCACAUCCUGAUCAGACGACUCAUUUGUUCCGUCAAUUCUUGAAACUCCACCAGGAGGAUGAUCCUUUCUGUCAACGUGUACGGCAAAGCGCUGAGAACGAUAAGAGUCCUAUCCCUGGACUGCAGUAUGGCUUCAUUCUUGACGAUGGACUUGUAGUCCGUCUGAGGCCAGAACACGACACCGAGAUUGAUCUGCGUGAUGGUCUUCGAUUACAAGUUGUUAUUCCUGAAUCUCUCGCUUUGGAGUAUGCUACUGCCGUGCAUGUUGAAGGAGGCCAUUGUGGAGUACGAGCCACUCUGAGUGCUAUGUAUCAGAGCGCGUGGGGGCCUAAGUUUCGUCGGCAUGCAAAGCGUGCUGUGAAAGGAUGUCUGGCCUGUGCUACUACUCGCUUCGAUACUACGACGGCCCAGUUUCAGUCUGGUGCGGUGAAGAUGCCUCAGAGGGUAUUCGAAGUCUUGGGAUGUGAUGUUUAUGGUCCUUUCCAGGAUCCUUCUAUUAGGAUCAGUCGUAAGAACGCGGAUGGUUCGGUUUCGUCGAGGCAGUCUUGGUGGAUUUUCACCAUUUGCUGCCGUCUGAGCGGUUACACUCGGUUCUAUUUGUUGAACAGUUCCAAAGCCAAUUACUUGGUAGAUUGUCUCGAAUCUUUCUGCUGGUUGGUUGGUGUGUGGCCGAGGGAGAUUUGGACGGAUAGAGGUUCUCAAUUCUUACACAGCUCUAGCUGGGUAUCUUUCGUUGUCUCUAUCGGUUGUCUCCAAAAGUACAAUCUGGCUUUCACUCCAUCUCUAGGCGGAUGGUGGGAACGUAAGCAUCGUGAACUUGGUUCGACUCUGAGAGCAUUACUGCAACAGAGACCUACUCCUUGCAGAUCAGAAGCUGACUGGCGUAAGUUGAUUAUGAUUGCUGAGAACAGGGUGAAUUCUACUCAUAGUCAUGAGGUCAUUUUCGGCUACUCUCCUAUUGUGCCGGUAUGUGGUGCGGUUCUUCAUGCCGUGACGGUACCACGUGGUUUCCGAGGAGAUCCUGAUGCCGUGCAGAAGGAAGCGGAGUUGCGAGUCAGGAAGCGUAACGAUCUUCUUCAGAUCUAUGAAGAGGAAUGGCUCCAAUGUCGCAACCGAGUGGCUAUGUCUAAGAAGUUAAGCUCUUCGACGGAACGACUAUCGCCUGGUGACAAGACUAUUCUUUUCAAUCCGGGUAAAGUCGGUGGAUCCCGAGAGUCCAAGCUCUCUGGUUGUGCGUCCGGGCCUUAUUAUGUGCUCGAGGCUGUUGGGGAUCCAUGCUAUCGUCUAAGUUUAACUUCUACUGGUCAAGGACGCAGUGCAGUAUUCCAUGCAAGUCGCUUGCGGAAAUACGAUGGUCCUGCGAAUCCGGAGUCCAAUGUUUGUCCACUCUGCCAAGAUCUUCGUGAUGAUAUGGUUAUGGUUGCCUGCGAUGGCUGUAAUCAAUGGUUCCAUAUUUCCUGUCUUGGUUUGAGCGAGGACUCAGAUGCGAUUUUGGCGGAUGAAUGGUUUUGCCAAGAUUGUUUGGCAAAAAGGGGGCGAAUAAUGUGAUGAUGAUUUCUCGAGGCUUGACAACUCUGCUAUACUUGUCGCUUAUUUAGACGAGGAUUCGUGAUUGAUCCUGUCUACUUUUCUCUUUCGUAUACUCAUUAUCAGACUUAUUGAGAAAUAGUCAAGAACUUAUGAGAUUACAAGAUAUGUCUGUGACGCGUCCGAUGUUCGGUUCUGAUCUGUGACGUUAAUCGGGAAGUCCGUAUUUUUGCAGCUCGUUACAUUUCGAGUAUCUUACGUACUUCAGGGGUUCUUAUUUGGAUCUUAAUCUUCGGUCUAUUCCGUCACUAUUA